AUGCUGCGCGUCGGCCUGUCAGCCUUCCGUCCUAUCGUCGUAACAGCGACAAAACAACCUUUUAGCACCCGGUCAUACAGUAUAUUUCGUUCAAAUGCCAUUCUUCAAACUCUUCGUGCCAAAUCCAAGACACCCAUAACGGCUGGAGUUUGGGCCAAUGCGUCUCGGUCGUUCAUGCAGGAAGCACCCUUGGUUCGCCCAGGCCAGGCAAUAUCAUGGCAGAGGAUGGCACUUACAGCUGCUGGCGUCGCAGGCGCUGUUGUCGUCAUCGAAGGAAUUCUGAAUCGUGAAACGAGAGACGGACUCACCACGGCAGAGCAGUCACUUUUACAUGACAGCUUCAAGUACACAGGAGGUGGACUUGCUCUCACUGCUUUGGCUGCCCGGUAUAUGUUCAAAUCUGGCGUCACCUUCCGAAUCAUGGCUGCUAGUCCUUGGCUCGUUCUCGGUGUAAGUCUGGUUGGAGGUAUCGGGACCAUGAUGGGCGUUUUCUACACUCCUCCCGAAAAACCGGUUCAGAAACAUCUUUUCUGGCUUGGAUUCAACGUUUGCCAAGCUGCCACGCUCAGCCCCCUCUUCUUUUUCGCUCCUGCGAUCCUCUCUCGAGCUGCUCUGUACACUCUCGGAAUAGUCGGAUCGUUGUCAUAUGUCGGUGCAACUGCCAAGAAUGAUAAAUACUUGAACCUUGGUGGACCUCUCCUUGCCGGUAUCACUGUCGUCGCUCUUUCCUCACUUGCACCUAUGGUUUUGCCCCUCGGACUCAGAGGACUAGCCGUCACUGAAGCCGUCAGUCUCUAUGGCGGACUUGCUCUCUUCGGCGCUUUCGUUCUAUACGACACUCAAAAGAUCCUGCAACAUGCAAGGCUCGCUGAGCAAGGCUUGAUGAAGAGAGAUCCUAUGAACGAGGCAAUUGGACUUGAACUUGACAUGAUCAAUAUCUUCAUCCGUCUUGUGCAGAUUCUGGCAAUGCAAAACAACAGAAAGAAGUAG